GCCCCGCGGUGUUCUUUCCCCGCCCACAGAACAGCAGCAAAGAUACAGUCCACCACCUUGCACUCCACCACCACCACCACCACCACCACCUACAGUCCACCACGCUACCGUUGAGCCUAGACGUCGCCUCCAAUGUCUUUCGGUUUCGGCAUCGGCGAUUUUAUCGCCGCCAGCAAUGUCGCGAUCAAAGCAUAUGCCUGCCUCCAGGACAGCACAGGGUCUUCCGCCAAUUACCAGACUCUGAAGCUCAUACGGGGCUCCCUCGGAACGACCAUUGCCAUUGUGGAGGCUGAAUUCCAGUCCCCGAAACCCAGCUCCAUGCCGAAAUCCUUCACCAAUGCGGCAAAGAAACACCUUAGCGAGUGUUCUCAGCUUCUACGGAAUUUUGACGAAAUCACCAAGAAAUACGAUGCCAGUCUUUCACCAGGAGGAUCGGGGAAGAAGGUGAAAGAUACAUCACGAAAGCUGAAGUGGGGGGGCCUGAAGGCCGAUACGAGUGAGCUGUUUCGCCGGCUCCAAGGGCACAUCGAAGCGAUAGAGAUGCUGUUGGCCGUUCACAAUGCGCAAGCUUUGCAUCGGAUUGAAGACAUGUGCGUCGCCUUGCAAAGUAUGCAACGGCCACAAGUUCCGCAAAGCCUUGAUAAUUGGAGCGACAACAAGCCCAUCAGAUUUGUAGACGCGUUCGAUAGAAAAAUGACGCUCCCGUACGAGUGGUGCGUUACAUGGGAGGCCUUUCACGAAGCAGUACGGGGAGGCUUCCGGGGCGGGCGGGAAAGCGUGUGGGUUGAAAGCAAAUCAUUUGCAAUCUUCGAUGAAGAUAACAACGCCGCAAUGAUUACCCCGGCAAGCUGGGAAGACACCAUAUCACCAGGCAAGACCCUUUCCAUGUCUAUGCGACUGAAAAAGCAGCAAGACCCGGUUCGAGGAACAGAACAGGAGUGUCCUAGUUGCCGCACUGCGUAUAGAGGCUACGGCAAGGGCAAUGACCUUGAACGGGUUCGAUGUACCAUCUGUGGGACGUGGUUUCAAGUAUCGUCAGAGCCGCGAAUCACGGAGCUUUCAGAAGACGACAGCGCUCAGGCUCCAGCAGACGCGACUCAGAAUGAGGCAACUGCGCUCAUGCGAAUCCGCCGUUGGCAUGUGGUGGUCGAGCAAACUGAGCAACGCUACGACUUAAACUUGUGAGUCCUUCUGAUCUGGAAAUGUCGAUGACGGCGGCUAAGUGGUGCCUG